AUGACGGACUCUCAGCUGGUUUCACUUUUCCAAAGUGUGAAGGCAGUCGAGGGAGUCUUACAAGUGUAUAAUACCGAUUUGACGGCCAUCACUUUCACGAAGAACAUUCGCAAUUUGACUGGAGAUCCUUUAGGUUUGGGGAAUCAGGUUCAUCUAGUAACUUGAACUUUUCCAGAUAAAAUGCUCUCAAUAUCGAAUAACACAAAGUUGAUCUCAAUCGAUUUGAGCGCUCUGAACAGUUCGAACGGACGGAUCCAAGUGCAGAACAAUCCGACACUGGAUCUGAAAUCCAACUGUCCGACCGUCCAUUCCGUCUUUUUCACCCGCAGACUCAUUUCCGGCAAUCUGUUCGAUUGCGGAUGCGAGCUCAAAAUCCCGUUCAAAUGGCCCGACAUUCGCGAUUUUCCCAAAAAUUGCAUCGUUCUCUACGGCAACAUCGUCCUGGAGGGUGCCUCUCCGCCUCCGGAAGUCUUGUACCGUUUGUCUUCGAUCACAAUAUUAUACGGCUAUAUAAUGGUGUCAGACACGAAUCUGGAGACUCUUGGAUUCUUGCAAAAUUUAGAGGAAAUCGAGUCAGGUAGUCUUACUUAACUUUUGUUAGAUACAAAAUUAAGCAUACAAAUAUUCAGGCCCAGAUGCAGAAUUUACGCUUGCAAUCCGUAACAAUUUCUUUCUAAGCCGUCUGGACCUUGUCAAACUUCGAUCGAUAAAAAGUCGGAAUGCGGAUUCGGACGUGGAAUUCUCUUCGAGUUCCGGCGACUUGUGCGUGGAUCCGGCCUUCAUUCAGACGUUGGCCCAAUCCGAUUUACGGGAUAUAAAAAAUUAUGAUACCCUCAAAUUUUGUCCGAUGGAUAGUAAGUUCGGAUUGUAACUUUAUUGCACAAAAUGAAAUGUUCAGAAAUGAAUAACCCAUCACUAUAUUGCUCGGGAAAGUUGUCAUCGGUGAAUGAUCGAUGCACCAUGUACAUUGGCAAUAUGCUGUACUUCAAUGAGCCGUUUUUCACGCUACAGGAGAAGUUUAACUAUACGAAAGUGCCAGAAGCCGAUUAUAAAAAGUUUGUGCUGAACUUUUGACCCAGUUAGAAUACCCCGAUCGGACAAACUUUGCAGACUUCUUAAACUUGGAUAGACAGAUGUUCGGUUCAAAUUUCAAACUGAACAGACUAUAUGGUCCGGUCUCCAUUGACCGAAUAAUCUAAUUCUCAUGAAAUUUGGGCCCAAGAUGCUCCAAUCCAAGUCCUUGAAGUCUACAAAGUUUGGAAUUCUAACUGGGUCAAAAGUUCAGGCAGUUAUCUCAAAAAUGAGUUUAGAAUGCAACAAUUCGAAGUGAUUUUCGGCACAAUUCACAUUGAAGCCAGUAAUUUGACAAGUUUUACAUUGCCCAAUCUGAAAGAGAUUUAUCAAAUUGAACGUACGUUUGAACAACUUGAAACAUUGAAAAAACCACUUUUAUCUUUCAGAUUUAUACGAAAACUAUGAGCAGUUUUAUCUGAAUAACGUUAUAAGUUUGAAGAGUAAUUACAUGUUGCGAGAGGUGUCUUUUCCCAAUUUAAAAGUCGCUUAUCAACUGGUUUCGUUUGCGGAUAACACGAAUUUGACGACGGACGACGAUUUCUGUCGGAGAGUGACGAAUGGAACGAAACGAAUGAUUCUGGGCUUCAAUUCCGAUUAUGAUUGCAGUAAGUUUCGCGACGUUUUGCAACCAAGAAACAUUUAUUAAUGUUUAGGACCCUACAUGGCUGAAUUGACGACACUUUAA